AUGAUCUCUCCGGACAGCUCACACACAUACACUUCCCUUGACCUCUCUCUUAUGGCCAUCUUACACUCCCUUCGCAGUUCCCCCUCCGCCCGCCAGCGUACUGGAAACUGGUACCCCCAAGGCCUAGCCACGCGCAACGACUCCCUCAUCUUGUACGAACACACUGCAGCCAACGGCCCCCAACAAACCCCAGUUUCGCUGAAAAGGUUUGUAGACAUGGCACAGACGUGGUUAUUGAUUCGCAACCCAGCGAACGUAUCUGGCGACCCACCCAAUUCCCUCAACUCCUGGAUAGAUAUCAUUACCAACCUCCGCAAAUCCAACGUCGACGUUAGAAAAAUCGACACAAAACUCUACUUUGAGCUCACCACCAUACUCACUGGCGAUGCUCUCAAUGAGCGAAUCAAUGAAAUCGCCCAGUGGAGCCGGACUGGUCAUUUAGACAGGCGGUAUGUCGCGUGGCGCAAGCACGUCGAGGCUAAGAAGAGGAAUGCAAGAGCCCAGGACACCGGUACUACUGCUGCUAUUAAGAACCAGAAAGACGCUCGCAUGGACGGUCUUUACUCCAAACGCUUCACGCACAAGCAUCCCCUCGGCCGCCCGCGUUCUCUCGUCUCCGAAGACGAGAAAGCGGAGCGCAGGGCUGAGAAGGUCACUAGGGCCAAGGCUGAAGCUACUACUGGAGCUGCCGCAGCAGUACAUAUUGCUAAGAGAGGUUGGGUAAGGAGGUCCUGGGGUAAUAGGAAGAAGAGGCAUAGCAUCGUAUUUGUGCUGGGUAUGGUGUUUGUGUUUGGGCCGUUGCUGGGUGUCUUACUUUGGGCUAUGGUGAUGCAUAAGUUUGAUUGGACACCAGGGGCUGGGGAGGGGUAUUAG